CAAAGCCAGUAAUUACACUUAUCUUAUAACGUAUACACGCAAAUAAGAAUUACAUGGCAGCCAUGACUGUGUUACAUGUCUUCUCAUUACCUCCGGCUGACACAGGGCUGGUAAUUUUGCGACGGUCUCUGGCGGCAGACAUCACGGCUCGUUCAGCCCGGGGGGAGGAGGGAUUGAGCUGAGAUGGACAGGGAGGGAGACACCGGCUUACGACGUCAAAUAAGUACACACACACAUACACACACUCACACAGGGAGCGGGAGAGGAGAGGACAGCCGACCGGACUGCCAAUUCCCCACGGUCUACUGAAGGGAGCCUAAAUUCAUCAUUCACAACACUCUUCAUUCACCAAAGACAGACAUUUGUUUAUUUUUGUAUCAGAUUUAUUUGGAAGGGGGAAAAAACCGGAGCAUCUUUCAGGGAAAAAACAACAAGCAGAUCUGGAAAAAGACGCUCAUGCCGAAUAAAGGACCGUCGCUGGAUGUUACUUGUGUUGUUAUAGGGGGGGUACAGGCCUAACUUGUUACAGGAUUUAAAGACGCUCGUACAGACAAAUGAACUGAAUUAUUGAGAUUCAAUAACUAAACAACAGCGGGGGGACGAAGAAAGACAUCCACGGAUCACGCCGAGUCUUUGCCACGAUAAGCACCACAGACUUCUCAAUGAAGGAGCCUGACGCAAUCAAGCUCUUCAUCGGGCAAAUCCCCCGAAACCUGGAGGAGAAAGACCUGAAGCCCAUCUUCGAGCAGUUUGGAAAGAUCUAUGAGUUGACGGUGAUAAAGGACAAAUACACAGGGAUGCACAAAGGAUGUGCCUUCCUGACAUAUUGUGCACGUGAGUCCGCCCUCAAAGCCCAGAAUGCAUUGCACGAGCAGAAGACACUACCCGGGAUGAACCGCCCAAUCCAAGUGAAGCCUGCAGACAGCGAGAGCAGAGGGGAAGACAGGAAGCUGUUUGUGGGCAUGCUGGGAAAACAGCAGACGGACACCGAUGUGAAGAAGAUGUUUGAGCCGUUUGGCAGCAUAGAGGAGUGCACGGUGCUCCGCGGGCCAGACGGCACCAGCAAAGGGUGUGCAUUUGUAAAGUACCAGAGCAACGCAGAGGCCCAGGCCGCCAUCAACACACUGCAUGGGAGUCGUACUUUACCAGGUGCGUCUUCCAGCCUGGUGGUGAAGUUUGCUGAUUCAGAGAAGGAGCGAGGGCUCCGGCGAAUGCAGCAGGUGGCCUCUCAGCUGGGAGUCAUCAGCCCCAUGACCCUGCACCUCGGGGCCUACAAUGCCUACACACAGGCCUUGAUGCAGCAGCAGGCCCUGGUGGCGCAGUCGGCCUACCUUUCUCCUGUUGCCACGGUGGCGGCGGUUCAGAUGCAGCAGCUCGCCGCCCUCAACCCCAACAGCAUCAUUGCCACGCCGAUCGCAUCCAUCACCCCCUCCUCAGGUACCAGCACUCCACCCUCCAUGGCCGGCACACCGGUUCCUUCUAUGCCUCCACCCCUCACCGUGAACAGCUACGCCUCUUUGCCAGCUCCACCCAACGGCCAAUCAGCAACUGAAGCCCUGUACACCAACGGGGUUCAUGCAUACCAAGCUCAGAGUCCGGUGCUGGACCCUCUGCAGCAAGCUUAUACCGGCAUGCAGCACUACACAGCCGCCUACCCAGCUGCCUACAGCCUGGUAGGACAGCCGUUCCCCCACCAGCCCACCCUGGUGGCUCAGCAGCAGCCACAGCCGCAGCAGCUGCAGCAGCGAGAAGGUCCGGAGGGCUGCAACAUCUUCAUCUACCACCUGCCGCAGGAGUUCACUGACUCUGAGAUCCUGCAGAUGUUCCUGCCCUUCGGAAACGUCAUCUCUGCAAAGGUCUUUGUUGACCGUGCCACCAACCAGAGUAAAUGCUUUGGUUUUGUGAGUUUUGAUAACCCCUCCAGUGCCCAGACUGCUAUCCAGGCCAUGAACGGCUUCCAGAUCGGCAUGAAGAGACUGAAGGUGCAGCUGAAGAGGCCCAAGGAUGCCAACAGGCCUUACUGAAGGAGGUAAAACCUAAGAGUUCAAUCAAGAAAACCACUUGGGAUGUCCCAGCCUUUUUUGGUUGUUUGACCAACCGUAUAGCACAGGAGCAACACUUCACGAAAGCAGUAUCACGUGUAUGCGCUUACAAAUACAACAGCAGUAAUAUCGGCGACAGAAUAAGUCUACAGAAUCCGCAUCCUCAAUAUCAGAAGUGCUCCAGAUUUCCUAUCAUUCCACAGCUGGAUCCAUUUAUUUUAUGUACAUACUCUAUUGUUGGCAACAAGAUCUACAUGUUAAGAAAAAGCAUAUCAUGAUGUUAUUCUUCUGAACAGGGUUCUACUGUAUAGUGUGAGUUGUGGUCCAUGGCGUUAACAGAAGGCCAGUCUGCAGUUGGAGGCAAAAGAAAAUACUAUUCUGUAUGAUUACCAUUGGUAAUAUUGUUAUGUAGAGUUAGUUUUAUUAUUUAUACGUAAAUUAAAAAAAACAGGGGGUUAUUACACUGGAAGAGAUUUGGAUUUCCUUUCACUGUAUAUACAUUGGUUUGGAGUUUAAAGACUUCACAAGUUAAGAUUCUCUGCUGCCACUACUUUUCAAAUUAUCAAAGCGGAAGGAAUGGCUGGGAAUUUUUCUAUCUUGAUUUUUUACGUUUAAUUUAUUUGGUAAUCAAUUUGAUGAGGUUGGAUGGGUGGAGAUGUGAAAAUUUCUUUUUUAACUUAAGAAGAAGAUAAAAAAAAGAGGAUUCCUGUGGUCUUCAAGACAAUGAACACACUUAUUAUAGAGUUUUUAAUUACAUAAAUGUACCUAUGGAAGUAAAAAAAAACAACAUAAUGUUUCUUUAUUUAUUCUCUACAAUCGCUGUUUUAAAACAUAUGUCUUUAAAAGAAAAUAAAGUACAAUUUAGAAGAAAAAAAACAUGUGACCCGGUUAACUGUCUGCUUUUUGACGUGAUAUUUACCAAAAGGUUCCUUCUUUUCUCGGUGUGAUGAUUCAAAAAUGGCUCUUAUUUUGUUUAUUUUGCUUGAACAGACGACAGACUGGACUACGGUUGUAUCAGUGUUAGAUCAGUAAUGAGAUAUCCAGGGGAGUGUGCUGCUCUCUAUAGGCCUGAAG